CUGACAUUCUCACCAACAAUCUGUACUACUCAUACCCUCUUGGACAAACUCUACAGCCCACAAACCAUCAUCAUCAAUCUUCUCACGACUCAAAAUGUCGUCUCAUACCGCCGACUUACCUCCCUACUCGGAAAAGUACCCUUCCAAAGAAGCAUCGGCGCCUAGUGCCCCCACCGCCGCCAGUCGCAUCGCCGGCAGCGUACAAACAUGCUCGAUCCGGGACAACCAAGUCGACUACCUUACCAUCGUCCGUGAUUCCCCCGGAAGAUAUCACAUCUCUCUUACAGUCGACCCGACACCUCUAUACCGCAUCGAACUCGUCCCCCCGUCCACCAAAGUCGGCAAUAUCCAGAUCUUCCCCGCAUCUGACAGCACGCUUCCCGCCAUCGCUGCCGCACGCCUGUCAGCCAACCACAAAGACAAAAGCCAGCCUUCAGCUACAAUAUGCACCUCCUCUCCCACCCAACCCGACGCGCUAUGGCGUCCCGUAACUCGUACGGGCAUGUUUUCCGUCGAGGAUUACCAGACCGAGAUACCGAUCAUCACGGUGCCUGGUCGAGCGGCGAAACCUCACCGGUUCUCGUGGCGGGCAGGCCCUCUUUCAGAGCCAUUUUAUCGGCUGUGGUGGGAUGGUCCACUUCCGCUGGUGCCGACAGCAAUGUUCAUGCCUGAUCAGAGGGGCUCGGAGUAUGUGUUUGCGACGAUGGCGAGGAAGGCUGCUGGCGGAGAGGACAAUUUGGUCGAGAUUAGGAGGGGAGGGGGUAUGGAUUUUGAGUUAAGUGUGAUUUUGGAAUUGUUUGUGAUUCUGCACUUCAAGAAUAAGCAUUUGAUUUAGGUGACGACGGGAAGUAGACAUGUGUGUAAUAUUUUUAUGUUGGUUUUGUUUUUGCAAGAGGCCUGAAGGGUACAUAUAUCGCAAUUUGAAUCUUGUCAAAAUGAAGGGCCAGCUUACUAGUCAGUGAAGCGCGAACCUUCACCCCUUAUAGGAUGGCGAUUAUAGUUCAUAAAUGUUGCUUUCGAA